UCCUGACUUGUUAAACUAGUUUUAAGUUAAAUCCCUCUAUACCCUUACUUUAGUCAGUGUACAAGCCUCAUAUAAUGCACAGGAUGUCACUCACUUGAUUGGGAAUGUAAAAGCUGCAGAAAGGUGGAGUAGAUGAGGCCAUUCUCGGCAAGGCAAAAUGUAUCAACCUCCGAGACUGGGCCUCAGAAAUUCCCCUAUGAAUUCCUGGGUGAUCGGCCUUACUGUUGUGGCUGUAGUUUUGGUUCUGGCACUUGUCAUUGCUCUCCCUGUUCAUUUUUUAGUGUUUGAUCGGAAGCCACAUUACUACCAAACCUCCUUCAGGAUACCUAGGGUUGAAUUGGAGGCAGCCCAUUCUGAAGUUAAAGCAAGGAUCAGCAAUCAGGUAGAUGAUAUUUUUAGAAAAUCCAAUUUAAAAGGACAAUACAUCAAGUCUCAUGUUGUCAGAUUCAGGUCAAGCACUGAUGGUCUGAAAGCAGAUGUAUUGCUUAAAUUUCAAUUUGCUUCUGCUGAUAAUGAAAACAAAAUAAAAAAGAUGGCCGAGAAGAUUUUGCAUCAGAACUUAAAAGAUGGCACACAAUUCUUGGAAGUAGAUGGUUCUUCACCUCAUCUUCAAGUUGUCAAUACAGCAGAAGCAGAAUACCAUAUGAACAGUGGUUGUGGGUUGGGAAUAGACCCUUCAUUUCUCACUGAAAGAAUUUCUAACGGAGGAAAAAUUUCACAGAAGGCUUCUUGGCCAUGGCAAGCUAGCUUGCAGGUGGAUAGACAUCAUAUCUGUGGUGCUUCUCUGAUCAGUGACCAGUGGCUGCUGACUUCAGCUCAUUGCUUUAAUAACAAUAAAAAUCCACGACUAUGGACUGCUACUUUUGGAACAACUCUCCAGCCUGCCUUGAUGAGGCGAAAUGUACGGUCAAUCAUCAUUCAUGAAAAUUACGCCUCCCACAAACAUGAAGAUGACAUUGCUGUUGUACUUCUGUCCAAUCCAGUUACUUUUUCAGAUGAUGUCCGACCUAUAUGUCUUCCAGAAGCCACUUUUGAAGCUUUGCCCCAGUCUAAUGUGGUUGUCACUGGAUGGGGAGCAUCUAAAGAAAGUGGUCCAAUCUCAAAUAAACUGCGAGAAGCCAAAGUGGAAAUUAUAAGCAACGAUGUCUGUAACAGAAUAGAUGUGUAUGGUGGAGCUGUAUCAUCAGGAAUGAUAUGUGCGGGUUUCUUGUCAGGAAAAAUAGAUGCUUGUGAGGGUGAUUCUGGAGGACCACUGGUUAUCCCAGAGAACAGGCUCUGGUACAUUAUUGGAAUAGUAAGCUGGGGAAUAGGCUGUGGAAAAGAAAACAAGCCUGGAAUCUAUACCAAAGUGGCCCGUUAUCGGGACUGGAUUAAAUCAAAAACUAACCUCUAAUGCAAUGUCUUUGUCAUUGUUAUGUAGGGAAUACUCAAGUCAUAUGUGUAUUCUCAAGAAUUCAAGAUUCUCAAAAUUAUGUUUAAUUUAUGCUUAAUUUAUAUUUAAUUGCAUUCAUAUGUUUUUUUAAUUAUUCUUUGAGUAAAAGGAACAGAAAAUACAGCCACCUUUUAUACAACUCUCAUCUCACAAAUUAAAUUUAUUAUUCAUUUAUUGUGUGCCUAUUACUAUGAUCUUUUAUUUCAUUAUAUAUCACAAAAUGUGUACAACAUGAGAAAAUUAGAAAUUUUAUUACUUUAAAUGGUUUCCUGUUCCAUGGCAAUAGAAGAUACUCAAUCUCUAUUCCUCCAGCAUAUACCAAGGCUCUGUAUGUAUUUGUUCAUUCUUAAUUUCCCUGUUGCUCAGAGCAUAACAUAAAUGAAAAAACCUGAGAGUAGGAGGUGGGAGAUCUAGGUUCCGGUUGCAAUUGUGCCAGUACUUAGUUGCAUAAUUUUGGGCAAGAUACUCAACAUUCUAGGGCCUCAGUUUUCUCAUCUUCAAAUGAGAGGAUUGAAAUGUAUGAUAAAUCUACAUCUCUUUCAACUUCAAAUAUCUGUGGUAAUCUGGCUAAUCUUGGAUGCCAUUGUUUAAAGCCAGGGGUCUUUAAACUAUUUUCACAUCAUGGACCCCUUUGUCAGUCUAGUAAAGCCCAUGAACCUCUUCUGAGAA